UUUUUUUUUUUUGGUCUUCUUCUUUGAGCAAUGGCGCUUGGAAACGCUUUGUUUUCCUGUGACAAAGGGCGUUUUCGCAGCAGGUCAGUUUUGUGUUUUCUGAUGCUUCUCUGGAUCAUCGUCGUUUCAGGCCAGAUCAGGUAUUCAAUUCCAGAGGAGAUGAAACAAGGGUCCCUUAUCGGAAACGUAGCUCACGAUCUUGGUUUAGAUGCGCAAAGACUUCGCUCUGGUCGAGCCCGCAUCGUGACCAGACAAAGCGCCCGGUACACCGAGCUGAAAACAGACAAAGGCAUUUUAGUGGUGAACGAGAGAAUAGACAGAGAGAAGCUUUGCGGCGAUGUGACUCCGUGCAGCUUCAGCUUUGAGGUCAUUUUAGAAAACCCCAUGGAGCUGCAUCGUAUAACCGUCGAAAUAACAGAUAUUAAUGACAACUCCCCGACUUUUAGGAAUGCUGACAUCAAAUUUGAAAUAAGCGAAUCUGUUGCUGUGGGAUCGAGGUUUUUGCUGGACACUGCGGAAGACGCAGAUGUCGGCGAAAACGGGCUGCAAAAAUACACACUUAGCCCAAAUGAAAUGUUUGAUUUAAAGCAACACUCAAGUCCGGAUGGUCGUAAAUAUGCGGAAAUGAUUCUAUUAAAGCCGCUAGACAGAGAAACGGAGCCCCGACUCAGUCUGAAACUCAGCGCUGUAGAUGGUGGAAAUCCACUUCGAUCUGGCACAGUCAAUGUGCACGUUACAGUGCUUGACGCAAAUGAUAACCCUCCAAUUUUUAAUCAGCCUUUUUAUAGAGCUGCAGUAUCAGAAAGCGCUGUAAAAGGCACAUUAAUAAUAACAGUUAAUGCAAGUGACGCAGAUGAUGGAUCAAACGGCCUCGUAACGUAUCGUUUUGCAAAAAUGACUCCAGAGAUUGCUGAUAUAUUUAAAUUAGAUGAAGUUACAGGAUCCAUAACUCUGAAAGGAGACGUUGAUUACGAGAAAGAAAAAAAGUACGAAUUGACAAUCGAGGCUGUGGAUCAAGGAGGUCUAACAGAUUCAAAUAAAGUAUUGAUUGAGGUGACGGAUAUGAAUGACAAUGCACCUGUCAUAAACGUAAUGUCGUUCUCCAGCCCGGUGCCUGAAGACUCUCCUCCCGGUACCACUGUGGCUAUUAUUAACGUGAAUGACGCGGAUUCUGAUAAAAAUGGACACAUUACAUGCACAAUAGAUCGCAUGCUCCCAUUUAAGAUCAAAUCAACCAUAACUAAUUACUAUGCUCUUAUCACAGACUCAUAUUUAGACAGAGAGGUGAUACCGGAGUAUAACAUCACAGUGCGCGCCACGGAUUCUGGAUUUCCCUCUCUGUCAAACACGACUAUAUUAAGAUUGAAAAUCUCUGACGUAAACGACAAUACUCCGUUAUUUGAAGAAAACAUCUAUGUAGCCCAGAUUGUAGAAAACAAUUCACCUGGGACAUCUAUUUUUUCUGUCACGGCGCAUGACAGAGAUUGGAAUCAAAAUGCACGAGUGUCGUAUUUUUUAGAAGAAACGCAGAUUAAUGGCAAUCCCACUUCUACUUUUGUCUCGAUCAAUAGUGAGACAGGUGUAAUUUAUGCAGUACGCUCUUUUGACUAUGAACAAAUGAAACAGCUGGAGUUUACCGUGAAGGCACAGGAUGGAGGUUCUCCUCCACUCAGCAGUAACGUGAGCGUGAACAUCCAGAUCCAGGACCAGAACGAUAACCCGCCUCAGGUUCUGUACCCGGUCCAGACUGCUGGCUCUGUGGUGGCUGAAAUGGUGCCUCGUUCAGCUGAUGUGGGCUACCUGGUGACUAAAGUGGUGGCUGUUGAUGUGGACUCUGGACAGAAUGCCUGGCUCUCCUAUAAACUGCAGAAAGCCACAGACAGGGCGCUGUUUGAAGUGGGCUCCCAGAAUGGAGAGAUCCGAACUGUCCGCCAAGUGACGGAGAAAGAUUUGCUCAAACAAAGACUGACUGUGAUCGUGGAGGACAACGGGCAGCCCUCUCGUUCAGCUACAGUCAUUGUUAACGUGGCGGUGGCGGACAGCUUCCCUGAAGUGCUGUCGGAGUUCAGCGACUUUCCACACGACAAGGACUACAAUGACAACCUGACUUUUUACUUAGUGCUGGCUCUGGCUGUGGUUUCUUUCCUCUUCAUCACGUGUUUAGUGGUCAUCAUCUCCGUCAAGAUCUACCGAUGGAGACAGUCUCGCAUCCUGUAUCACUCCAGCCUCCCUGUCAUUCCAUAUUAUCCUCCACGGUACUCAGACACUUUGGGCACAGGGACUCUGCCACACACGUACAAUUACGAGGUGUGCAGGACCACUGACUCCAGAAAGAGUGACUGUAAGUUCGGCCGAGCUGGGAGUCAGAACGUGCUGAUAAUGGACCCCAGUUCUACAGGAACCAUGCAGCGGAUGCAGAGUGAGAAGAGCAUCCUUGAUGAACCAGACUCUCCUCUAGAGGUUAGUUUUUUUUUUUUUUUUUUCUUUCUUCUUAAAGGUCUUCUUGCAUCGCUGCUUGGUUAAUAUUUAGUUUUAUUU